AAAAUAGUGAGGUCUAUUUCACGUCAUUACACCCAAGAAACUUGUUAAUAUCAAUAGGAACGUAUUAUAAUUUUUAGCAAAAAUGUCUCUAGUCACUGGAAAAUACGUUAAUGUUGGAGAAGAUGGCUUCAAAGAGUUCAUGAUCAGUCAAGGAGUACCAGAAGAUUUCUUCCAACGUUGGAGAGAUGAGAAAAGUAUAGAGGAAUUCAAACUAGAUGGUAACAAGCUGACAAAAAGUCAUAUCGUUGAAGGUAACGCAGACAAAACAAGAACCACAGAAAUCAUUUUAGGACAAGAAUAUGAAGAACAAAUGGGACCUCGUAAAGUUAAAAAUUUGGCCACACUUGACGGAAAUGUCCUCACAAUAACAAGUCUUAAAGAUGAUGGAUCUACAUCAAUAACAAGAACGCACACUUUUUCAGAAGAUGGAUUAGUAAUUGUUCACAAGAGCAGCAAGGGAGAAGGAAAACUUAUGUUUAAGAGGUUGUAAAAAUAUAUAAAAAAUGUGUUUAUUAUGUAUGUAAUAUUUUUAAAUAAAUUAUUAUAA